UGGUAGAUGAUUUGAUAUAGAUGAUUUGCAUUAACUUGAUUUUCUGCGAGUGUCUAGGCAUAUUUCGCCAGGAUCGCAGGACUCUCCCUGUAAAGAUAUCCCGAGAGGCGAUUAAACUACGCAUGUUUACUACGCUAGAGCGCGUUCAGCUCUCAAUUCAAUGGUUGAGGAUUAAGAUUUUCUGAAACUGAAACCCAUUGUCUUUAUCUUGUAGAGAGACGAUAGAUUACGUCAUACACCAAGAUUAUACCUACACAUCAACAACAGUUGGCUUCCCCUCCCAAGAAAAACUCUAGUUUCAUACAUAAUAUAAGACCUGCAAACUCAUAGCCUCCGAGUAGUACGUGUGCUGCAAGGCAGGCAUCAAAACCUUCGGAAUGGCAGAAGCUGUUGGGAUAAAUGACUCCGAUAGGAGAACAGUUGAAGUCAGAUACGAAAAUUUGAAGGCAUGCUAUAUAAAAAAACACUGCAAACUGCAAAAAGGCAAAACAAUUAUUGGCUGCGAUGGAAAGGUGAAACAGUCCUGGAUGAGAGUUCAGAAUGGCAUUGUACUUAUCAGUGUUGAAUGCAAUAUGUUGGAAUGCGGAGAACAGCUAUUUGCAGAAGUACUUGUUGGUAGAGAGAAAUGUGUCUUUAAUGAGGAUUUAAGCGUGUAUGAAAAAAAUGAAAACUAUGCAAGAGAUCUGGUGCAUUUAGAUUGCGAUGCUAAGCAGACCAGCCGCACAACAUGGCAGCUAAAAGUUGACUUAGACUCCGUUUAUCAAGUUGAAGAAAAUGGCAAGUUGAAAGAGGUAUACGCAUUGUGUACAGGGAACAGGGCAGACCCGAAUAUGUUUGAAUUAGUGACGGAAGUUUACAUUCGAAGGAAAGAUGAACAUGGUUCUAUUUAUGAUAGCAUAGUGUGUCAGGAGCCUUCGAGACCAUUUCGCCUUAUUUCAGAAGGGAGCAAAGAUUCACAGAUAAUAAAACCCGAAACCAAACGAAAAAGAACUUACUCAUCACGCUUGAACUACAGAAGGCUUGAGGAGGAACAAGAUCGUUGCAUCACCAACAACGCUUCAUUUCAAAGGCUUAGUGCUGACACAGCAUUCAUCCAAGACCUUACCUUAAGGACAUUCAAAGUGAUGGGAAGACGCGACAUAGGGUAUCAUAUUCCCUUAAAAAAUAUCAGCCACAAGGGUGUAUGUAAAGAGGGUGACAUAGUUGGGCUCUUUGAAGACGAAUGGAACAAAACAUACAUCGAAAGGCUUGACUUGCAGAAUUUCAAAAAAGCAAAGCUUGCUGGAGUUAUCACAGAUUCGUAUUAUCUGGAAGGAUUGUGCAAAGAGGCCUUGCUUGGAAAGACUGAAAUUAUUGCAGUUAUUGGCAUUGUUCCAGUGAGGGUUGUUGGACCCGUGCAAAAUGGUGACCAGCUGUUUGCCUUUCCAAAACACCCUGGCUGUGCAACCACGUUAGCGACUAUUGCUUUGGAACGACCAGAUGCUGACCACAAGCCUAUUCUUCUUGGACAAGCAUUGGAAUCUAAACUUGAUGUCAGUGUGAACGAGCAAAGCCUUGUCUCGUCGUUCGUUUCUGUUGUCAAUGGCAUCGAUUUCCUAGCAACGUGCUCUAGGACAGAGAGUAUGGAAAAGAGGCUGACGAAGGCAACAGAGUUGAAAAUGAAGAAAGCUAUACGAAGAACUAAUUGGAAAAGCUUUUGGCAGGAUUUAUGUCUGCUCAUUGUUCUCGCUGCAAUCGGGUUAUCGCUGUGGCAGAAAUAUGGAUCAGAUACACUUCUUCGCCGGAGUAUUUGCAAAAGUGGCUCGUUCGGAGAGCAGACAGUUUUGUUAACAUAUUCUACAACGUUCCAGGAAAUAAGCAUCACAGGACUCGAGUUUAAGUUUGCGGAUUUGAAUGGCAAACUUUAUAAAAGAGUGAUAGAGCGAAAAGGUGAUUUUCGAUACUUUAUCAACUAUGGGCGAUGCUGCUACAAUGGUGUUUCCUAUGGCAACGAAUACAUUGAAGGUGAUCCUGUCAUUACUGGACCAGAAAUACUCAGUAUUGGCAGGAACUGCAGCGCAAAUUCAGUUGCAUAUUACAAUAAUGGCAGAUGGAUGCCGCUGAAAGCUAGACAUCGAGACGUCAAGAUUGCAAACUGCUAUGGAAAACUUUGACUCUCCAGUUCAGUGGCGGCGCCAGCUACUGCAGCGAUGGGCGUGACCAGUGAUAUCACGCCCUUUUAGCCACGUUUCAGUGCUUUGUAUUUGGUGAAUUUUCCUUAGGCAAAGUAUGAUCUAUCUUUACCCAACGCUUUUUAAUCAAUUUCUAGAAAAAGUAUGUGGACCAGGUUUGUGUGGGGGAAAACUACCCUACUCAUAUCCCCUUUGACGCCACUAAUGCUCCAGUUCAUCGACUUUAAAAAGAAGUCAAAUGAUCAAGGAAUAUUCUUGUUAGGUUUUGACUUUAAUUAACCACAGUCACAUUGUACAUUGGUGAUUUUGGCAUAAACGCCUUGUUAGCAUAAAUCAUGUAAAUAUGUGCAGUAGUUAUCGUCAAUAUUAAAGCCUACUGGUUGAAAAGUAUACCUCGUUACCCACAACUUAAAAAGACAUUCUCAAUACCAUAGCCUUUUGGCAAACCAGCUUGAGGGCAAGCCUUUGAUUACAUACAAAGGAGGACAAUAGCUCAUCGUUUUAAACAAUUAACGGUCACUGGGGCUGGAGGGGCAAUCGCCCCCUCUAGUUAGUAUGUUAGCAAAGGCCCUACUAGGUACUUCAGGCAAAGCCAGAAUGUUCUACUCGAAGGUAUUUUUAUCUCAUUCGCAGCUCUAAAAUGUGAAGCUACGUAGAGCCAAGAUCAUACAUGUUUUGAAAUCUUGUAGAAAGCGAAUGAUUUGGUGAUAAUAUCUUUAGAAGAUUCCUUAGCCUCGUGGGCUUCGUGUCACUGACGUGCAUCGAAUUGUGGCAUACUGCUGUACCUAUAUUAUUUAUAGCAUUCGAUGAAAAAAGUUUCACAAAAUGA